GCUCAUGGAUGGACUCUCUUUCGGCUCUUCUUGGACAUGUUUGUCAAACGUGCGGAGAGGCGGCGGCGGGUAGUGAGGGGGGAAGUGGGGGCUGGCUGGCCGGCAAGAGCGCGUUGCCCGGGCGAUCGACUACGCGUAAACAAAGUGAUGCUCGUGCACCCCGACCUCUCAUACACAAUAUAAUAAUUGCUACACAACUUCCAGUACAAUAUUGCGCACACAAACACCUCUGCAAACUGUACAUUCAUGCCCAUUGGAACUCUCCUGCGCAACGACGGCAUACACAGACACCCCCAUCCACAUCCACCACGCCCGACGUAGCCAUGGCUAUGGAACCACCUCCGCGGCCAUCGAGCUCGCUCUUCGACGUCUAUCUGCGUCUACGCCCUUCCAAUUCGGCUAAUGCCCGUUUUCUAACCGUAGAGGAAAACGAAGCUACCCACCCGACUCACAUCACCAUCAAGCCUCCCACCUCCGACAACCGGAAACGCGCUAUAGAGCGCCAUGCCUUUACCCGCGUAUUCGAGGAAGACGCAAAGCAACUCGACCUAUUCAGCGGCAUCCGUGCUGCAUCUGUCAUUGAGGGAGUCUUGGGUGCGCCAGGACAUCAUGGCCGAGAUGGGUUGAUAGCCACACUAGGCGUUACCGGCUCAGGCAAGAGUCAUACCAUUCUCGGAACUAAAUCACAGCGCGGCCUCACACAAAUGGCCCUUCAAGUGCUCUUCCAGAGCACUGGUGGCCAGCUUGUGCAGUCCUUCUAUGGUGCCCCUGCCUUUUCCUCCCUGGCAGCAGCCGAUGUGUCCGAAUCCAACAUGUUCACCGCGACUGCCUAUCUGGACUCUUUGUAUGGCGAUGAUCAAUCAGAGCGUUUCCCUUCACGAGGCAACACUCCCAUGCCGGUAUAUGACCUGUAUCCCAUUCUCAAAUCUACUUUCUCUUCAAGGCCCAGUGCUGGCAUUCACUCUAUCCGUCCGGUGUCCGGGACUCUGUCUCGCAUCACUCGGUCCAUGACAACGAAGCCAGGCUCACCACCCAAAAAGGACUGCAGUUCGUUCAUUACCAACGGAGGCUCGCGAAGAACCAACAAGAUACCGCGUCCUUCAACUCUUCCACAAACUCCAGACAUGGAUCAUGUCGCUCUCCCUGUUGAUACGACCGCCGAAUUCGCAAUCAUCAUUUCCAUGUACGAAGUCUAUAACGAUCGUAUCUUCGAUCUCUUGACAGGCAGUGCGAUCAAGAACAAGCAUUCAAGCCUGAAGCGCCGAGCGCUACUUUUCAAGAGCACUGAACAGAGUACAGACCGCAAAGUGGUCGCGGGCUUGACCAAGAUAAUCUGCGGUAGUUUCGAGGAGGCCUUGAUGGUCCUGGAAACCGGCUUAGUGGAGCGUAAGGUUGCCGGGACUGGCAGCAAUGCUGUGAGCUCCCGCAGCCACGGAUUCUUCUGUGUGGAGGUCAAGAAGAGGGAUGCACAACGCAAAGGACCUUGGUCAAGCUCUACUAUGACCAUCGUUGACUUGGCCGGAUCGGAGCGAGCACGACAAGCGAAGACAGCUGGUGAGACGCUGGCAGAAGCUGGAAAGAUCAACGAAUCCCUCAUGUAUCUCGGCCAGUGCAUGCAGAUGCAAUCCGACAACCAAGGCGGUUCAAAGAACAUCAUCCCCUUCCGCCAAUGUAAGCUCACCGAGCUCCUCUUCUCAAACUCCUUCCCCUCUUCGUCGCGCCAACAAAACUAUCACCACCCCCAAAAGUCCAUCAUGAUCGUCAACGCCGAUCCUAAAGGCGAUUUCAACGCCACAUCCCAAAUUCUCCGUUACUCUGCUCUCGCCCGCGAAGUAACAGUCCCUCGAAUACCAUCCACAUCCUCCACGAUCCUCGCAAGCGGCCCCACUGGUCGCAGCCACAAGCACACCUCCAGCGCAUCCUCCGGUCGCACUACUCCAUCAGGCCGGGCCACUCCGUCAGGACGGACCACACCCUCCGCCAUGCUCGAAGAGCUCGACGCAAGCAAUGCAGAGAUUGCGCGCUUAACAGCCGAAAUGGAAGUCUUUGCCAUGCGCCUAGCCGAAGAAACAGCGCGUCGUAGAGCAGCCGAAGCUAGCUGGCGCGCCGCCGAAGACCGCAUGGCCGACCGCGAGCAAGAAGUUCGCGACGAAUGCCACGCCUUCACCGAACACGCCGUCGAAGCCGAGCGUCGUCGAUGGCAGUCUGCUCUUGAUUCUGAGCUUGAGAACCAGCAGAAUCAUCUCGAUAGCAAAAUCGACAUCGUUAUCCAGGCCACCAAGGCGCAGGUUCGUCAGAGCGACGACGCCGUCAAGGUCUAUGAAGAUCCGGAUCCUGAGCUCCAGGAGCGAGUGCAAGAGUUGGAGUUACAGAACGAGAUUUUGAGAGCCAAGCUCGAAGCUAAAGAGAGGGAAGGCCAGGCGAGGACUUCGAGCCCGGUCAAGAAGAUGAGAGUGCUCAAAGCGAAGCGGUGGGAGGAUCCGGAGAGCGUGGCAGGCUUAGGAUUUGCCGAUGAUUAA